ACACCGACGUCUAAUUCUUGCGCCUUGUUCUGUGGCCCGGGUCGGUUGUCCAAAGAGCUUGUUGAAUUGUUUUUCCAGUUGUUGUGCCUUUAUUAUAAGUUCUGUGUCUUAGGGAUCCAUCUUGCCGGUCCGAGGUCCAAGAUGGACAAAGUCUGUGCGGUUUUUGGAGGCUCCCGGGGCAUCGGCAAGGCUGUAGCCCAGCUAAUGGCCCAGAAGGGUUACCGCCUGGCGAUCGUCGCCAGAAACUUGGAAGUGGCCAAAGCCACUGCGAGCGAGCUCGGCGGAAUCCACUUGGCAUUUAGGUGCAACAUUGCCAAAGAAGGAGAUGUUCACAGUACAUUUGAAGAGAUGGAGAAACAUUUAGGUCCAGUAAAUUUCUUGGUAAAUGCAGCUGGUAUUAACAGAGACAGUCUUUUAGUAAGAACAAAAACUGAAGAUAUGCUGUCUCAGCUUCAUACCAACCUCUUGGGCACCAUGCUGACCUGCAGAGCCGCUAUGAGGACAAUGAUUCAGCAGGGCGGGUCUAUUGUUAAUGUCGGGAGUAUUAUUGGUUUAAAAGGCAAUGUGGGCCAGGCCGCAUAUAGUGCCACCAAAGGAGGGCUUAUCGGGUUUUCACGCUCGCUUGCUAAAGAGGUUGCCCGGAAGAAAAUCAGAGUGAAUGUGGUUGCACCAGGGUGUGCGACGCAUGGAGAUGAGACGAGGCAGCACUCACUGUAGACAUCCAGCCUGGCAGUACAGGACACGAUGCCUGCUUCGUUCUUGGCGGACACGGUAUACCACCCAGCGUCUUCUUUUGUUGCUCCCUGAAUGAGCAGGCAGAUGUAGCCAUGAUUAUCCUGGUGCAUGCUGCAGGGAGAGAUAAAGUCAUUAGGGCUCUACAUUUUAAAAAAGUGGCUUUGGAUAUAAAGCAUCAUUUUUAAUUAGGUCAUUAGAAAUGGAAUUGUGCGGGGAGCAGAUAAUAGGGCCAUACUUAUUCCAGAGAGGCAGCUCACCCCAUUAAGUUAAUGGGGGAGCGGAGCAGACCUCAAGAGGGCAGAUAAAUCCCUGCACCAAUUCCUGAGGGAAGACCUGCCUUUUUUUUUUUUUUUUUUUUUAACAAAACCACUGACUGGGCUGCAGCCGUGGGAGCAAAUGAACCCAUCUUUUCCUUUUGAUAUACGCAUUUUCAAAAAUGCAACCAGGUUAAGUCCGAAUCGACUUGGUCACAUACCAAAAUUGCCCUCUUCUAAAGCUUAAGCCGACAUUUGGACGACAUGUGACUCUCGUCUUGCUCAUCGGUGCUAACGUGGCUUCUCCGCUCACCGAUCUGCAAGCAGUCUCUGAUGUACCGUCUAGCCCCGGGUCUGCGCAAGCUAUGGGGUAGAUGAAACCACUGUGCAGUCUUACCUCACUCGAUCAGUGCUGUGAGUGAGCGAUUCAUUUUCUUUCUUCCAGAAUAUCUGAGGUGGCGGCACCCCCGAAACGCGGCAUUCCAGCCGCACGGGGUACCCAUCGGCAACCCCCGUGUUUUGCAGCUUCUCGAUAAACACAGGGGCCUUGUGUGCUUCUUUAGCUAAGGGAACAUGAGAUGAAUUAUCAGUUAGUGGCAUACAAAGGGUCACUGCAAGGAACUGGGGAGCUCCAGAAAGAUUGAGUAGCUCUUUUACCAUAGUGUUUUUCACAUCAGGUGGUAAGAGGUUAGCCCUCCCCUCAAGCAAAGGUCUGUACGCUUCGUUCCACUCACGCUAUUUCCUCAAUUAAUUCAAGACUGAUAGGCCCGCAUAGUGCCCCAGCCAUCUGCUCCUCAGAAUGCCCGCCUGACAGGCCUCAGAGAGUCAGUCAUCGCUAGCAGCUGCGAGAGCUUUGCUCUAAUUAAGUCAGCGGGAGCGCGCAGGCCUGACCUACUGCUGCCACCUAGUGGUGCUGACUGUUUCAGAACUAGGAUUCCCUGGCUGCCACCUGAAAUGCUUAUUUCUGAAGAUUUAAAAUUCGGAGGAACUCAUAGUGGGAUGAGACAUACCACAGGAUUUAAAGGGUUGGGGGAAAUACAUACAGGAAAGGUAUGUUUACCUAAUUUUAGAUAAUUAUCUAGAUUCUAGAUAACUCUAGGGAAUUCUAGAUAAUGAUAAAUUAAGGAUGCACAGCCUGUAAAUUAUAAAUUCUAACUUGUAUUCUUUGAAAGGCGCCUGUAAAGAAGACACCUUUAUGAUUAUCUUACAGGACUUUAUUACUUAGUUUUUUUAAGUCAAAACUUAUUGUUAAUAAUAUGAACAUUAUCAGCUAAUGGGACACUAAUUUCUCAGGUCACUGAUAGAAGCAAUUUCAGAGAAAGAACAAGGUUUAAUUUCCUGCACGCUCUCAACAACGAAUCUAAGGAUACACAUCUUCCUGCACACUAACAUGAAUCAGGACCCUGCCAUCAGACAUUAGUUUCUGUGUUAGAGUUGUGUCACCGCUGGCAAACAGACCAUAGAUGUCUCAACCAGUGGGGACCAUAACAUGCCACAGCCCUUUGAGGGAUUAAACAGGAAGAUGCUUAAGAAGUUCUGCACAGGCAGCAUGGCAGCCGGGUGCACAGCAGUGCUGCAAGCAGCACGUGCUAUCACUGGUAAGCAGUUGGAGCAGUAAUACUAAGGCUGCCAUUAAACACAGCUAGCAAUGCACAAACUAAUCUGAUGGUAGAGGCUGUGAUCCCUGAUAGUGCUCACUGGCAGGAGAGCUGGUGCAAGCCCAAACAUCUGGUUUUGGGAUCCUUAAGUCUUGUCCUGAUGGGCAGAUAAGACGUAUGGGUACAUUUAAUAGGAGAAAAAGGAACAUUAUCUUUUGAGCUUAGAGAAAUGAGGGAACCCAAAGCUAGCAUGUGGGCAGAUGGAGGACUUUGCACAACAUUCAAAAGCAUGGUUAAGAUGAUGGCAUCGCCCAGACAUUUCCCAAGGUGUUCGGGGAAACACAUUGGUUCUGUUAUUAGAGCUCUCACCCUGGAUUUUAUAACCAAGACCUCCUGGGUUUUACUCUCAUUGGCCCUUGCUUGAGCUAAGUAAUUCACAGUGUUGGCAAGAGGCUGUCUUGAGCCUAAUUUUGGCUUACUAAGGAGGACCCCAGAGACCCCUGAUUAUUUCGCAGGGCCAAUGGGAGGCCUAGCCAAGAUAAUGCAUAUGAUGUGCACUGUCAGUCAAGCUUUAAGAGACAGACACUAUGCUUUGGCAGGCUUUGUGAUAGCAAGAGGUCAGACCGUCAGAAUUCUUCCUUACUCCAAGGGGAGGGAUGAACCUUCCCAUGAGUGUCUUUUCAUUCAAGGUUUCUCAAAGAAUCUAACUUCCUGUAAUGAUACUAACACUGCCUACUUACAGUACCGCUUAGAAAGCAGAGUUUAUUGAUACUGAUUUGUGUAUAGAUGCAACAUUAUUAAAGUUUUUGAACUCUGAAA